CGCACCACCUUCGAGCCCGACAACCCACAAUUCGCCAUGAAAAUCGAACGAUACAAUGCUUUAGUCAAACAAAAAAAUAAAUAAAUUUCAAAUUCAGAAUUUAAAAGAUUGUGGCGAUUUCACAUAAUAUGUUCCAAUUACAAUAUAACGAUGAGACUUUUAAAAUUUAAAUACAGAAUUACGUGAAUAACGGAUAUUUUGACAAUGUUGAACAUAAUAGUGUUGUUAUUGCAAACGACUUUUAUACUGGCAAGGGAGCCGAAACAAGUGACUUUGGUCAAUCAAGGUACAAUAUCUGGAAUGUACAUUACGAGGUUUCGUACUAAACGUGUGGCCGCUUACGUUGGCGUUCCGUAUGCUCAACCGCCGGUUGAAUUUCGAAGAUUUGCUGCUCCGGAAAUCGCGAAUCUGCCACAGUGGGAGGGCGUCAGGAAUGCAACAAUAUUCGCGCCGGAUUGCAUGCAGAGGGUUCUUAAGAAAGAAGACUUGCAGAAUCCAUUGAAGAAGCACGAUGAAUUGUUUAUGAAGCUACUAGAAUCGCAGAUGGAGGAGCCUAGGGAGAAAGAGUAUUCGGAAGACUGUUUAUACCUCAAUGUCUACGUGCCUGAUGAUUACAACGUCGAGCGCUAUCCAACAUUAGUGUGGUUCCACGGAGGCGAUUUCGCCAGGGGCAGUCCAAACAACAUCAACCCGUUCCAAUUGGUUUUGAAUCAAAAGGUCAUAUUUGUGUCAGUGGCCUAUCGACUAAACAUCUUCGGUUUCUUCUCGUCAUUAGAUAACGAGGCUCCCGGAAACUUCGGUCUUCUUGACCAAACAGCAGCCUUGACUUGGGUUAAAAAUAAUAUAGCCAGCUUCGGAGGUGAUCCAGACAAUGUAUGCAUUUUCGGUCAUGACGCUGGUUCUGUGAGCGUUGGUUUUCAUCUCUUAUCACCAUAUUCAGCAGGAUUAUUUCAGAAAGCUAUAGCUAUGAGUGGUAACGUACUAUCACCAGAUAAAGUGAACGUAGCCAGAAAAGAAGUCAUUACUGUAAACAAAGUGGCCAGAGCAUUUGGUUGCUUCAGAGAGCCUACAAGUGCCUUACUUGGCUGUUUAAGGAGAGUACCGUUUAAAGCCCUAUUAAAUAUAGGAGAACCAUUAGCACAAUGGAAACCUAUAGUAGACAAUGGUUUUAGUAACGUUUCGGGUCCUGUCCUUUCUGACUUUCCUAGUAAAUUGUUCGAAGACGAAAUGUUUUCACCUGUACCGGUUUUAACUGGUUUUACUGAUAUGGAAGAUGCAUUAUUCCUUGAAAAAAACGGCAGUGAUUCCGGCGUUAGUCAAAGAGAGUUUGACGUUAUGCGGGAAGAGAUCAUACUUGCAGACAUAACAGUUGAUAAUAGUUCCUGCUUCACCAACCAACAUCACAUACAAGAUGCCGUGGCAUUUUUCUAUAAGCCUAUACCACCCACGUCAAAUGAAACGGUCCUAAGAAAGCUAUAUCUAGAAUUUUACACUGACAAAUUACAUGCGGCUGCAACCUAUCAGCUUGCGAAGCAUAUUAGUAAACAUACUUCAGUUUAUUUGUACAGAUUUGAUUUGAAGCCAUUCUCAGAAGUGGUCAACGAAGGUAUUUCCGACUGGAUUGGUGUUCCGCACAAUUUCGAUUUGAUUUUUACAUUUGGAUUACCAUACUUGGCAUUGCCGGAAGAUUUAGAUAAGUGGGAUCGCAGAGAUAAGCGCAUCUCCGAUAUAGUAAUGAAAAUGUGGUCCAAUUUCGCUUGGUAUUCAAACCCAACGAAUUCCGGGGUGAUUAUUAAUUGGGAGCCUUUCGAAAUUGAGAAGCCCGGGUUCUUAAUAAUAGAUCGACAGAAUUUUAGCAUGAGUACCGCAGCGACAGUGAAUUACAAAGCACUCGAAUUUUGGACCGAUUUCUAUCCGAAAGUUGUUGAAAUUGGCACGAAAUGCUGUAAAGAAUCUUUUGAAGAUAAUGCCGUUGUUAUAUUGCUGACCUCAUCUACACUGGUGCUGUGUCAGCGACCCUCCUUCGCCGGAUCAAGGCCGAUUGGAUUCCCGGAUACACCUAACAGGACCACCACCGUAGCUGUCGGAGACAGAUUUGGCGAUGACGACUCAACAACGCCAAGACUUCCGAUCGAAGCGAACGGAGACUUAGAGUUGAUCGAUAGACUGAGCAAGCUGCCUGUUGACAAGCAGCCCUUCUGGUUCAUCAACUGGCAAGCCUUAGAAGCGCACAGGAAGAACCCACAAACCCACGUGCAGAGGCCUAACGGAUUCAUAGAUCCCAUCAUGCCCAGUCAAAACGCUGCUACCGCCCAAGCAAACUCAAACGCAGUGUCGUCAGUAUCGAGCAGCGGGUCAUCGAACUCCACACCGACCAGUAGCUCGGUUCAAAGCAACGCUAAUGCAGCUAUAGGAGACAGAUUUGAUUCUGACGUCACCAAUGUUAAACCAACGAGCACCGUUGCAAACAAACCCGGCGCGGAAAGUACGGUCACAGCUGAACCCUACAGCCUCCAAUGGUUCGUAAAUCAUUAUUCAACGACAACAAAAAAAACUGACGCGAAAACAUCUCGAUAGAUAUAUUUAUUCGUUUUCAUCCAAAUCACGAAAAUUAUUAUACUUUUAAAACGAAUCCCGAAAAUAUGAUGCGCAACGUUCAACGUGCGAAAGAGACAACGAGAUGUUUCUAUCACACAUCAUUUUUAUAUUUAAAGUAGUAAUAGUUGCCAUCAUUUAAAAAACUAAUUUCAGUUAUAUUAACAAAAUCCAAUGUAUUCGGAUCGGCUUGUUGAUCUAGUAAUUAGUGAGUCUUGCUUCACUGCAGCACGGGAUCAUAUAUUCGAAGACCGUUUGCACGCUGAACGUUUAUUUGGUUGGAAUAAAUCCUUUUUUCAUCCUUCUUUUGAUCAUCCUUUCUUUUCUUUGAAUGAUUUUGAUUCCGUGGUCUAUUUCCAAAUUAAUAAUUAAAAAUUCACGCUUUCAAAUUCAAUAUCGUUGUAAACAAUAGGCAUAAUGUAGAUCCUCAGAAUUGAUGUUGAUAGAAGGGCUGGGUAACCUUAAUAAAUAAUUUAUUAUAGCUUUCAAAAUGUACUGAUGUAUUAAAAAAAUAAAAGAGAAAUGAAUAAAACGCA